GUGACACUUCAAUUAUUUCCAAAUGUUUCCGUGUAAAAGUAAUGUCGUCUAAUAAAAACGAUUGCGAUGCGGUAUCCGUAGCGGUGGCAUUAGUAGUAUUUGCUCUGCCGCUCACACUUUUGAUGCCCGGUUUUUCAGUAUGGGACAUUCUUCCAAAAGUCCGUAUAACGCGUUUUCAUAUCUUCGACUACUAUUUCUCGUGGACACAGCUUAACUUCGCUCUCAUGACGCUGCUGGUACUUUUCUUCUGUUUAUACCUGGAAAUAAGAAAACGCGCAUUAGAUGAAAUGGUGGAAAAUGUUUUAAACGUCCGUCAAGCUACGGAAGUUGCGAUGGAAGAAGAAAAAGAUCGUCAGGCAACUGCUGUUAGAGCGUGUGUUCAACUCCUGGACACCUCGGCGGAACACUACGAGAAUCUGACCCUUCUGCGAGAUGAGCUUCGCAAGAGGGAGAAAACGCUUCAACAUCCUCCAGUUAUAGAGUUAUCUACUUCGGAAAUGUAAAUUUUGAGUUCAAUCUACUAAUAAAAAAUAAAUUUAUUAGUAUUUAUUCGUCCUAGCUUAAACAUUUCGAUCUUGUGUUAUUUAUUGUCAAUUUUGUUUUAAAAAUAAUCUAGCAAUUAUUGAGAUAAUACUAAUCUUUACUA